AUGCGGAUAUUCGGAUCAUCGAAGGAUGACACGACAAAGCUGAGACCUGAAAUUAACCCCAGAGCGAAUGCUCAUUCGAAAAUAUUCUACUCACAGGUUGCAUUUACUCUCACAACGUUCAUCCUUGGAUUCCGCGCUCUUCUUUCCAACCACAUUCCAUUCUUCUCUUGGCUCCCGGCUCUGCUGCUCAUUUUCGAUUCAACACUUGCGUUCGCUUCACUUCUUUACCUGGAUUUUAGACUAUCAUGUACAGUGGUCUUGGUUGCAGAGCUGUUCCUACCACAUUCGGAUCCAACUGUAUCCAUUCCCCUUAUUAUACUUUCUGUAGUGCACAGCACUUUCUCAUUGCUUAGCUCUGUACAAGUUCACAGUUUGAGUUACUCGAAUCGUGAUAAAUUGAGAGGAGAGGAAGAAGAUGGAAUACAUUUACAAACUCGGAUGGGAAGCACGAACACUUUGGUGACAAAUGUGGAUGACGAAAUUUCCGUAGAUUUGAUCUGA